AUGGCGGAUUACUCAGGGGAAAAGCUGCUUGUGCUUACGAUAGCCUUAAUCCCCGUUCAGGUGAUCUGCGUGGGCCUUCGGCUUCUCGUCCGACACAGGAGCCAAAUGAAAUUCGGCUUCGACGACCUCGUGGUUGUUGUCUCGUUAAUGGGGCAACUUGCUCUUGCAGGGGUGAUUAUCGGUAUGCCAGUUGGAUUAGCAAACUUCUAUUGUACUGGAGCCCUGCUAAUACGAAACGGUGUAAUCAAAGCCGAGCUGAAAUUAUCUGGCAUCGGUUACCACAUAGCAUAUUUAAAGGCUACAAAUCCGAACCUCAUAAUAUUGGAACGCAAAUUUCGGCUGAUGCAAGCUUAUAUCUACGUGGUCAUCGCCAAUCUUCCGAAGAUAUCGAUUCUCAUCCUGUAUCGUCGAUUAUUUGCCCCGACAAUAUUGCGACUUAUCAGUACUGCGAUGAUAUGGGUUCUCGCUGUCGUUAUCGUUGUCAAGAUUCUCCUCGUUUCCUUUGUAUGUCGACCUUUCGCGGCAAAUUGGAAUCAAGAUAUCCCCGGUAGUAAAUGCUUGAAUAUGCAGUCUGUUUCUUCCUUAUCUACUCUACCAAAUAUCAUUACCGACGUCGUGAUGCUUCUUCUUCCCGUCCCGGUGAUAUGGUCCCUACACACAAAACUUAUAACCAAGAUACAGUUGACAUUCACAUUUGCUCUUGGUAGCCUGUUAGUAUGCGGAUAA